UGCCAACCAGAGACGGAAAUGGCAACGACUUCCAGUGCCUUCGAGAUCCUGCGCUCGACGCGUCAUCUACCGGUUGUAGAAAGGGAGUUGGUAUUCGGCAAGCGCUCGACAGAUGCAGCAGCUGCGAGAUCCACGGCGGGUGCCGCAUGGGGAAAAAGUUCACGCAAGUGGGUGGCUGUUUCGACGUCCUCCCGCGAGUUUGGCGACGCCAUGCCUCGUGAGCUACGCACUUUAGUGGCUGCCUCCUUCGACGUGUUUACACGCACACAGCAGACAUCUCAGCUGGGCGCGUUCGGUGUCGCACGUGCCAGUCGCGAGUACCGUGAGGCUCUGAAAACAUGCAUCUUCGCUCUGGAGGACCGUCUGGACGCGAACAAGGACUCGGAUAUCAAUACUGAAGAGGAAGGAGAAUUCCUAGAUCUUUUAAAGGUGUCACUAGCCAUAUGGCACCUGUGCGAACUGCUGCUGCUUCGUGGCGGAGCCAGAGGAGCGGACAGAACCCUGGCGUAUGAGCUGGCACUAUGGCUACAGGAGCACUAUUGCAGCACGCUGCUGGAGAAGACAGAGGCUGAGAGCGAAAGACUCAGGAAGCAGCAGAAGCCCGAGCAAGACUCAGCGUUCUGGAGCACAGUCCAGUCCCUGGUAUUGACGGGCAAUGGCUCCAGUGCGUGGAGUCUACUGGCUUCACAUUCGAGCUACAAGUCGCUGUUUUCUCGCGAUUCCAUGUCGCUGACUGGAGCGUCGACCAAAGCGGCGUUUCAAGCAGUGCAGAAUCUGCUACUAACGAUGCCUGGAAGAGCUGGAAACUCGGAUAGAAGCUUGGAACAGGACGGAGCAGCAGAGUGGAAGAACUGGAACGACGCGUGUCAAUAUUUGCUCAACACAGACGGAUACAUCAGGUCAAACACAGGGUUUACGACACUUCUUGAGACUAUGGCAGCCAAGGAAGACGUGCUGAAGAACAGUGCUAGCACUUGGUACGAGCUGAUGAUGGCCAGACUGUUUCUGGACGAACCUAAAGCGAUCGCACAUCGCUUCGAGUUCCUGAUGGCCAACUGCUUCUGUGCCUACAACAGCAACGAGAAGAGUAUGGGCAACUUUGACUGCAUCAUCCUGGCUAUUUUGCAGUAUGACAUCCAGAGUGCACUGCAGGAUAUCAUUGCGCUAGGCUUUUCGUGGAUGGCUGCGCAUCUGACUGAUCUGUUGCAGCGAAGUAACGUGAUUGUGGCCGAUGAGCUGCUGCCUGAGGGGGAUUGCACGCUACGAGAGCGUUUCUUGCUCCAAUAUGCGAUGGAGAUCGGUGCCAGUAGUGGCAUGUGGCAGUUUGCUGUGCGGUACUACGAGUACUGUCCUAAGUACGGUGCGAUUGCGAUUCGAUCUGCGUUGGCACGUGAGCCUUUGCCAACAGAUUACAAGGCGGACCGUCUUCUGUCGUAUUGUCAUGGCAAGACGUUCCUGCUUCAAACGCAGAACCUUAUCACACUCCAGAGAGCACAGGAUUGCCAGGCAAACAGGUCGUACGCUUCGGCUCUGCACUGGAUGCUGCGCGGCAAUCAUUUGGACGACGUGGAUGCGCUGUGCGAUGACAUUUUGCAGGAAUGCAACGACACAAACUCGCUGACUCCGUUACACGAAGCGGUGCAGUUUAUGGAGUCUCACCCGAAAUUGGCGCGUCCUCAGAAGUUGGCGUGGCUAGUGAAAUACCGCGAGUUUCAACUGGUAUUGGACGAUCUCGAGUCUUUGCGACAACAGUUAAAGACGGAUGAGCUUCAGAACAACAAGGAGAAACGCACAGCCCUUGAAAGUAAGGUUCGGUUCGUGUCUGUGGAGGCUGCUAAGAGAUUGGACUGGUUAUUCAGCUCGACAGAAGCUCCCAAGCUGCUGCGCUUACAAGUGCUGCAACAGACGGAGCGCCUUCUCAAGGAAUCUCCGACUGUCUUUGGGUCGCGACACUUGUACUCCCUUAUGGCGUACCUGCAGCAACUGGACCGUUCCUUCGACCGUCAAGAGUUUUACGAACUGGGAUCGAACAAGUACUUGAAAGAACGCAUUGAAAGCUUGAUCUCGAGAAAUCUGGCCGAAGCCAUGCUGCAAGAAGCUACAGCAAGUGGAUGUGGUGUGGACCCCCCAAGUCGUCACGCAACUGCAGCACUAGUUGCCCAGCAGCCUUAUUUGAUCGCAGACGCGGCGUUUACACCGAUGGAGGAUUGA